AUGCUCGGCGACAUCCCGGAACAACUGACGAACGGCACAGAUAUGGAUCUUGACAGCCCACUUCCCAACUACGUGGAACUGCUACCGGGGUCCCUCAACGCAUCAAGCAGACCUCUCAUCAUAGACGUGUCGACCAAGCGUCAGUGGGUGCUCGCGUGGUGGGUGCAGCUCAUCUACGCACUGCUCUUUGGCACCAUGGUCUCCGUGGCGACCUUGGGCAACGUCUUUGUGGUCUGGAUUGUGCUCGCGCACCGCUCCAUGCGGACGGUCACCAACUACUUCCUCGUGAACCUGUCCGUGGCGGACGCGAUGACGGCCACCUUCAACGCCAUCUUUAACCUGGUGUACAUGCUCGAGAGUCACUGGGCCUUCGGCGACGUUUACUGCGUGUUUAGCAACUUUGUGGCCAACCUCACCGUGGCGUCGUCGGCGCUCACUAUUGCGGCCAUGAGCAUUGACAGGUAA